CGAAAAUGAUACUAGGAUGGAACAAGGAUCUCAUCAAGCAAGCCGACCGGCACAGAGGGAGCACGCCUCUCCACGUCGCGGCGUCAUGGGGGCACCACGACGUCAUCAGCUUGCUGCUCGAUGCCGACCCAUCGGCGGCGUACCAGCCUGACCACGACGGCGCGUUCCCGAUCCAUGUCGCCGCCUACGACGGCCAGGUCAGGGCCGUCUCCAUCCUGCUCGGGCUCGACAACCACCGCAAGUGCGCCGGGCUGUGCUCGGGGGAGCGCAGGCGUCGAGACCUAAGAGGCUGCGCCGAGCUCCGUGACGGCCGCGGGCGGAGCUUCCUCCACGUCGCCGUCGAGGAGCAGCGGCAGUCCGUGGUCGCGUACGCCUGCAAGCUCGGGAACCUCUCGCCGGCGGUGAUGAACAUGCAGGACGACGACGGCAACACGGCGCUGCACCUCGCCGUCAAGGCCGGCAACAUGUGGAUCUUCAACCCUCUCAUGGAGAGACGCCAGGUCGAGCUCAACUUGACGAACAAUAAGGGAGAAACCCCGCUUGAUAUUUCUUGGAUCGAGAAACCAGUUGGUGUUUAUUUCGGAUUGAAUCAACGGGUCAAGAUAUACAAGUUGCUGAAAGAUGCCAACGCCAAGCAAGGUAAUCACCGAUGGGAUCUCUUUCUCAAAAAACACAACAAGAAGGUAGACGAGGAGGUUGAAGGGAAGAAGCUGACGGAAUCCACCCAAACCAUCGGCGUCGGCUCGGUGCUGAUCGCCACGGUGGCGUUCGCGGCGGCGUUCGCGCCGCCGGGCGACUACGGCGACGAUGGCGCGCCGAGGCUGGCCGGCCGCUACGCCUUCGACGUGUUCAUCAUCGCCAACACGCUGGCGUUCAUCUGCGCGGGGCUGUCCGUCAUCAGCCUCACGUACGCCGGGGUGGCCGCCGUCGACAUGCGCACCCGCAUGAUCUCCUUCGUCUUCUCGGCGUCGUUCAUGGCGUGCUCGGCGAGGAGCCUCGGCGUGGCGUUCGCGUUCGGGAUGUACGUCGUGCUGGCCCCCGUGGCACGCACGACGGCCAUCGCCGCCUGCGUCAUCACGGGGCUCGCGCUGGCCGACGUCGCGUGGUUCGUCUUUGUGGUGGCCGCCGGCGAGGUGAUGCUGCUCAAGAGGCUCGGGAUUGCACGGGCGUGGUGGCGGCUGCCGUUCGCCAUCAUGGCCACCUUGCUGAUGCAAUUCUGGCCUUACAUUGUGAUUGUUGUCGUGGUGUUGUACUCCAAGAUUAGGGGAGUACAUUGAACUGAAGUCGAAUUCUAGCUGAUGUGAGUGGACGGGAGCUAAACUGGAUUUUAGCUUAGGUCCGUGGUUAAGCUUACGGUUAAUUAUUCUGGACAAUACUUCGAUAGA